AGUCAGAGACUCCUCCAAAGCCUGGGUGAAAGAACAUCUACGCAGUGUCUUUUUACAGGCACUGUCACAAGGGGUGGGGGGGAAGGGCACAGCCACCUGGAGUGUUAUCGUCCCUUUCUUGGACCUAAGAGACAACAGAUGCAAUGGAUUGGCUUCCUUACAGAGCAGCUGCUGUGCUGUUCAUUUUAACGGUAUCCCUGGAGUUCAGCACUGCUGCUUUUCAUGUUCAGGUGAAAGAAUGGGAUGAAAAAGGCAUGGAGAGAUGGAAAAGCCACCACAGGCAGAAACGAGAAUGGAUUAAAUUUGCUGCAGCCUGUAGAGAAGGGGAAGAUAAUUCAAAGAGGAAUCCAAUUGCAAGGAUCCGAUCAGAUUGUGAAGAAACUCAGUCACUUAUAUACAGAAUCUCUGGAGUAGGAAUUGAUCAGCAUCCUGUUGGAGUAUUUAUCAUUAAUCAAAAGACAGGGGAAAUUAAUAUAACGAAAAUAGUAGACCGAGAGGAGACACCAAUGUUUGUUAUUAAGUGCUUUGCUAUAAAUGUUGUGACCGGACAGUCAGUGGAAACACCACUUGACCUUCGAGUUCGGAUUCUGGAUGUAAAUGACAAUUCACCCAUGUUUACACAAACUGUGUUUUCAGGGUCAAUUUCAGAAAGCAGCAUGGACAACACAUUGGUGAUGAAAAUAACUGCUACAGAUGCAGAUGAGCCAAAUAACCUGAAUUCCAAAAUUGCCUUCAAGAUCGUGAGUCAAAAUCCUGGAGGUCCAUCAAAGUUUAUUUUGAACAAACAGACUGGAGAACUUCACAUUGCUAAUAUCCUUGACCGAGAGGAACAUGCAAGUUACAGUCUGGUUGUGAGAGCCACAGACAGGGAUGGAGGUCCAGAUGGAAUAUCAUCUGAAUGUUCAUGCGAGGUUUCUGUAACUGAUGUAAAUGAUCAGUUUCCAACUUGUGCACAGAGCACGUACGCAAUUACCAUUGUAGAAAAUACACUCAAUCAAGAGGCACUGAGAAUACAAGUUUUUGAUUUAGAUCAAGAGUAUACAGAUAAUUGGUUUGCAGAAUUUUAUUUUAUCUCAGGAAAUGAAAAUGGCAACUUUGACAUAGUCCUAGACAGAUCAACUAACGAGGGUAUCCUGAGGGUUAUAAAGGAAAUUAACUAUGAAGAAUUUUCAAGCAUACCACUGCGUAUUGGUGUGCGAAACAUAGCCCCAUUCCAUUCUUCAGUGGCUUCACAAUAUCAAUAUUCAGCGGCUUCUCAGGGUACCCCAAUUACAGUACAAAUAACCAAUGUAAUGGAAGGACCAGCAUUUCAUCCAACUUCAAUAAAAGUAUCUGCACCUGAAAGCUUAACAACUAAAACUAUACUCACCUAUGAAGUUGGAACAUUCCAAGCUAUCGACCAGGAUACUGGGAAAAUUGCCACUAAUGUCCGCUACGUCAUGGGACGUGAUCCAGCCGCCUGGUUUCGAGUCAACCCAACAACUGGCGCCAUCUCUUUCAACAAAGUGAUUGAUCGGGAAUCAAUUUAUGUAGUCAAUGGGGUAUACUCUGCAGAGCUGCUGGCUAUUACUAAAGACAGUCCUUUCACAACAGCCACUGGUACCAUUGUGCUUACUAUUGAUGAUGUCAAUGACAACUGCCCUACUGUAACAGACGAAAUCAGAAAAGUAUGUGUGGAAAAUCCAACAGCGGUGAUCACAGCUUACGAUCUAGAUGGCCAUCCAUAUGGUCCACCUUUUAAAUUUACAAUAGUGGCACAGUCUCCAGGAAGUUCGUGGAACAUCAGAAUAGUGAAUGAUACCUCAGCAGCACUGUUCUCCCAGGAUAUACAAUUUGUCAUUCAUGAGGUCCAAGUUAGAGUGGUCGACAACAGUGGCAGAAGCUGUGAUAGGCCACUGGUUAUUCCUUUGCAAGCCUGCCAUUGCGACCGUAAUGGGAUGUGUGUCAAGUCUGCCACUCAAAGAAUCACUGUUACUAUUAUUGGUGGUGGGGCUGGUGGAGGAGGUGGAGGUGGCCAGGGAGGAAGCACAGGGGGAGGAACUGGCGGAGGAGAAACUGGCUGGGGAGGAAGCACAGGGGGAGGAACUGGCGGAGGAGGAACUGGCGGAGGAACGAGUGGGGGAGAUGGCAGCUGGGGGGGAGGAGGAGGAGGAAGAGAUUACGGAACAGGAGGAGGAACUGGUGGUGGCGCUGGUGGUGGUAUUGAUUAUGGUGGUGGUGGUAUGAUUGAUGGUGGCACUGGUGGUUAUGGUGGUGGUGGUUAUGGUGGUGGUUAUGAUUGGAACAGACAAGGAGGCGCAGAAACUACACUUAGUGCUACAGCCAUUGGCCUGAUGUUCCUCGGAGGACUAAUAUUUGUGUUGGUUCCAAUUCUGAUGUCACAGAGUGACUGUUGCGGCUAUUGUGGAUCUGGUCCUACUGGUGGCGUUGGGGCUGGAUUUGAGCCUGUGCCUGAAUGUUCCGAAGGAGCUAUUCAUUCAUGGGGAAUUGAAGGAGCACAGCCUGAAGACCGGGACGUUUCAAAUAUUUGCGGGCAAGUCGCAAAUACAGGCAUGGGCGACUAUGGUGACUCCUCAGAUAUCUAUGCAACUAAGUAUAAAGGUGGGGUGAGUACAGGAGUUGAAGAAACAAUUGGACUCGGAGCAGUUAAAGGCUAUGGAACGAAUGUUGAUUAUGGAGCUACUACAGGCUAUGGAACAACAGGAAGAAAAGAAGCAUAUGGAGGGACCCUAAAAGAAUACAGAGAGAGUGGCGUGAAUAUGGCUUUCUUGGACAGCUAUUUUUCAGAGAAAGCGUUUGCCUAUGCUGACGAAGACGAAGGCAGACCUGCAAAUGACUGUCUCCUGAUAUAUGAUCAUGAGGGUAUAGGCUCUCCUGUUGGUUCCAUUGGCUGUUGCAGUUUUAUUGGUGAUGAUCUGGAUGACACCUAUCUAGAUACACUGGGACCUAAGUUUAGGACCUUGGCAGAAAUCUGCUUGGGUGUGCAAAUUGAGCCAUUCCCAGAUACUGACUCGAAUUGGCCAUCUUUUCCCAAUCCUGAUCUCGAUAUAAGCCUGCCACCGCCUGGAACUACCAUUGUUGUUAAUACAUCUUCAACUAUGACUCCACCUCCUCCUGUUGGCAGCACGACGGUUGUUACUGAAAAUACCUACACAACUACUUCUGCUGUACAGCCUCCAAGGCCCGAUCCUAUGCUCCAAGGCAAUGUAGUGGUGACUGAGACGUAUACAACGGGGCCAACAAUGAAACCUCCGACAAUGAAUGUCGAUCCUCUGUGUGGAUCAAAUGUUGUGGUAACAGAAAGGGUGCUUGCUCCUUCCUCGGUCACUGAUUUUCAUGGCAUGAUGGAUAUUCCAGAGCUACCAGAUGGGUCCAAUGUGGUGGUCACAGAAAGGGUGAUUGCUCCAAAUGCAAGGAUACCCCCUUCCAUGAGUAUUCCUGAUCUGUCCGAGGGGUCAAAUGUAGUGGUGACGGAAAGAGUGAUUCGACCUGUCUCAGGUAUGCAGGGCAAUUUGAGCAUUCCUUCUGAGUUAUCAGGUGGACGCAAUGUGGUUGUUACUGAAAGAGUAGUGUCAGGGGCAGGAAUGAGUGGCGGCGUUGGCGGCAUGAGUGGCAUUCCUUCUGAGUUAUCAGGUGGACGCAAUGUGGUUGUUACUGAAAGAGUAGUGUCAGGGGCAGGAAUGAGUGGCGGCGUUGGCGGCAUGAGUGGCAUCACAGGUCAAAUGCUGAGUCCCGAUAAUCUCCUUAGCCAAACAAUAGGAUCCGCUUCUCCCGGUACGAGUCGAAGGCGGGUGACAAAAUACAGCACUAUUCAGUAUUCGAAUCAAUAAGGCCACUUGCAAUUACACUCCCCUUUUUAAAGAGAGAGAUUUGCCACUGAACAAUGUUAUUAUUUAUACAUAGCAAAUCACGGGGGGGGGGGGGGGGAGAGACUUGCCUGAAAACCUCUUAAAGCUAUGCAGACCAAAAAGGAAAUGCAGAAUCACUGCCAAUAUAGGACAACUCUGGCACCCUGCCCCCCCUCCCCCAAAUCCACAAAUGGCAGUGAAUAUAAUGCAGGAGCCAUUGGCACAAACUUUUAAUACAUCAUUGGUGUUGGAGAGCAUUGUGGGUCCAUCAUGGUGCCUUCCUAAUGUCAUUUGCUAAAAAACACCCUGUGUUUGCUCGCCACAUUAUUUAAUGGUUUUUACCAGCCUGGAAAGGAAAUGGAAUUGUGCUCAAGGUGACUUUUGGGAACAGCUCCCUUUAGGAACACUGGCCGGACUGUUUCUCAGUUUUGGAACUGCUUGGUGUAUUUCAUAGUGCUUGCACAGAAUCUCUUCCAAGUAGUAACUUCAGAUGUAAUGCAUAGUUCAACUCUUUAGCUGGCAAACAUGAAGGAGCUAGGUAACAAAGUGAGGGGGAAAAGGAAAGAAAUGAAAUACAUCCAUUUUCGUUUAAGCAAAAUUAUUACAGGUCAUUGCAAUAUUGAUGAAUGAUGCAUGUUUAAGCCCCCCAUUGCAUGCCAUCAGUUCUCAGAACAUAUCAGCCACUCUUUAUGACUUUGUAUAUGAUGAAGUGUUUGAAUACAAACUCUUCCCAGCCACCUACAGGAACCACUAUGGUCAUGAAACAAUUACCUUUUGGACAGUAUACAUUACCAUCCCUCUACUUAGUUUCCCAAAGAGCUUUAACUGCACAGCAUACUGGCAGAAGGAACAACAUACUUGGGAAUGUUGGAAAAAAUGAUAACAUGCCAAGAGCACAGGCACGACUAAGCGAGCCUGUUGUAUCAUAUCUCGAAAGCAAAUUUGAUUGAAUGGUUUCUCUCUGAAGAAACCUGCUCUGAUAAAUCUGUAUUUUGACAAAAGCUUGACAUCUCUGGCUAAAUAUUUGCUAUUAACUUUUACAAGCUGCUGCAAAACCCUAAAACUGAAAUCCUAUGCCUGUCAUGGAGUACAUCCCCACAUUGAACCAUGGAUUACUCAUGGAACAAGCAUAAGAUUGCACUACUACCCAAAUAUUUUCUAUGUUGUUUACUGCUUUCAUGGAAGCUUAAAUGCACAGAAAGCUGGGUCAAUAAAAUACUGAAAAUAUAGGCUAUAUUGGCCAGGAUCCAAAGAGCUUCUUCGGGAACGCCAAAGGGAACCCGCUUGCAUGCACCCAGUAGAACAUAGGGCUUUUCUUUCUUUCUUCAACAGAUCCCUAUGCUAUAUCACAAACUAACACUUUACAUAUGAUCAUGAAGGUACAUAUGUCAGUUGGUUCCACUGACAGUUACAUGUUUAUUGGAGAUGUGGUAUAGGGUGCUUCACUGGGCAUGCAAAGGCACUAGAAAAGUUAUUUGGGUUCUGGCUCACAUGCUUAGUUAUGUACCAUAUGUAAGCUGAAAGUAACUGCAGUAUCGACAACAUGCUCUGUAAUGUAAAUAUAUUUGUUCUUUUCAAGGAUUCCCCCCCCCCACCAGAUUAUAAUAAUCUAUUCUCUUUACCUUGCAAGUGCCUUGAUUACAUUUGGUAGAUAUCUAAAGAAAUUUAAGGAGCUUGGUUUUUAUGGCUGCUUAAAGGUGUUCCCAGUGUUUCAUUCCCUUCUGUUGUUUUAUAAAUGUGUGUAGAGCAACAGCCAGAAAAUGAAAAGUUUCCAACUAGCAAUAACGGUGCCUUGGAUUAACCUCAUUGACUACCAUACCACCACUGUCAUGUCAAAAUGUCAAUACAGGAUCCAUUUCUAAUGAAGCUCCUGCAACAUUAUUUGGACCUCAUAUUUGACUUUUCUUAUGUUACAAAGUCGUUCCACUUCAGCCAUUUACUGGCUACUUCUCAACACAGGUUUUUAAAACAUCAGAAACAGGAACUUCUCUUUGUAUUUCUUUGGAUCUAUUCAGUUUCAGUAGCUUUCAGCACUUACAAGGGCAAAUGUUCACUAUAAAUUUUAGACCAGUUUAACUAUUAUGGUUUCACCCAAAGCAUCCUGGGAAUUAUAGCUGGGUGGGUAGCCUGAGAAUUCACUUUUUGAGCUGUAUGGCACAAUAAGUCCUUGUAGGAGCAAAUAUAUGGUCAUUGCGAGUGCAGUUACGCCCACAGUCAGAGACAGUCACCAUUUUGGCAUUCCAGUUUGGCAUAUUUCAGUUGUACAAGAUUGUUUCAUUCUGUCCGACUAAUUAUGUUGUAUUUAAAAUAUUUAGUUGGCUACAAAUUUUGAUUUGGUUAUGGUUACUUAUAAAUGUUAUUAACCAUUGCUGUUGAGCAGUCUUCAUUCAAACCACAAUUGUUCACAUGAGGAAGCCCUGAACAAGCUAAACUUCAAGGCAACUCUUUCUCUUUUAUGUGUUAACAACAAGGACUGCCAGUAACAAAUAAGUAAGCUCCCCCAAAGUAUGGAACACAUACCCAUUUGAUAAAAGACAUCAGCACAUAGGUGUUUUUAUUUUUUAAAAAAAACGUACUUCCGUACACAAUAUAUUUUAAGCUGGUCUAAAAUAUUAGUUCACUAGAAUUGCAUGGCUGUAAUUAGCACAGUCACUUUUCACUCUUCUCUUCAUGCUUAUUGAAACUACUGUCUGGGAAUAAAAAUAAUCCUGAUACAAAACCUUUUUUUAAUGAAAGAGGGGUUUGUUUGUUCUUGUCUGUCUAUAGUACGAUGCACUGAUACGCCCUAGAAAUGAACUGUUUAAUACUUAGCAAACAUAGGCUUUAACACUUGCUUUUUCACUUAUCGACUAGCAAUAACAUUGCCCUUCAAGUGCCUAAAGCACUUGUUAGUAAUAACCCCUAUUGCUGUUUUCUGCUGUGAUCAGGUUUUGUUUUGUUUUUUUAAGAAUUGCUUUGUUUGUGAGUAAACUACUGAAGCUCUGUGGUUACAAUAAACUGGCAAACAAGCUUAUAUUUGAAGAUGUAAAAUAAUAUUCGGUUUAAUAAAAACUUCUGGCCAAA